AUGCCGGCCAUCGUGAACCUCCUGUUCAACACGGUGUCCACGAACACCACCAUCUCCUUCUCCCUGGUGCUGCCGCUGGUGAGCGUGCUGUCUCUGCUGGUGGGCGUCGGGGGCCACCUGCUGGUCUGGCUGGUCCUGAUGCAGAACCCGCGCCGCCGGUCCAAGCCCAGCUCGGUCCUGCUGCUGAACCUGAGCCUGGCGGACCUGGGCGCCCUGCUGACGCUGCCCUGCGUGCUGCUGAGCGCCAGCUCCCAGGGCUGGCAGCUAGGGGGCGCCAUCUGCGUGCUGCUGGGCUUCAUGACCUCCCUCACCGCCGGGGCGGACAUCUUCAGUCUCGCCGCGCUGUCCGUGCUGCGGUACCGCAUCGUCGCCCCGGCCAACCACCGCCCCGUCAGACCCAUACAGGUUGCGGGCACAGUGGCGGUGAUCUGGCUGGUCUCCGUGACGAUGGCCCUGCCGAAGGUGACGUACAUCCAGUUUGACGGCGGGUGCCGGUGGUCGGUGGACCAGGGCCAGUGGCUGGGCUUCCUGGUGCCGGCGUUCCUGGUGUACUACGUGGCCCCGCUGCUGUGCAUCGGGAUCAACUGCGGCCUGAUCGUCACGCACCUGCACGCCUGCCGCCUCAGCCUGUCCGCCACCCGCCGCAACAAGAAGGCCACGGCGCUGCUGAUCGGCUCCACGCUGGCCUUCGCCAUCAGCUGGCUGCCCUACUACGCGCUGGAGUUCGUCAACGUGCUGUCGCCCUACGUCAGCUCCGCCUCCUUCCCCCUGGGGCACCCCUACGCGGCCUGGGCCAAUCGGUCGCUGGCCCCGGCGCAGGCCCCGCCCCCGGGGGGCGUGACGCUGCUGUGGGAGCUGGCGUCUCUGAUCGCCAUCCUCCUGGUGUGCCUGGCGCCCUGCUGGAACCCGCCGCUCUACUUCCUGCUCUCCCGGCCCGCCCUCAGGCAGCUCCGCGCCCUCCUGCCGUCCCCCCGGCAACGCUGGGGCCCCGCCCGCAUCGCCCCGGCAACCGCCCCGCGCCACGCCCCCGCGGCGCCGAUGCCCUCCGUUCUGCCCGAGGGUGCAUGA